AUGGAGUCAUUUCGGCAGUAUCGCGAACUUGCAGUAGCUGCAAACCGGAAACUAUCCAGCAGGGCGGCUAUGAGACAAAGGCAAACAAGUGAAUCUAGCGAAAGUACCGAAGGCAUCUUCACUGUUGACUUCGACGGACCUACUGAUCCCUUAAACCCCCGGAAUUGGCCAUAUCUCAGGCGGACGCUUGUGACGAUCAGCUUAGGGUCUAUCGGAUUCUUAGUCGGUGUCGCAGGAGCAAUCGACUCGCCGGUGCUGUAUCGAGCUGCCGAGGAGUUUAAUGUGAGCGAAGUAUCCGAAUCGUUCGCGACCGGUCUGUUCCUUAUAGGCAUUGGGACAGGAGCCUUGAUUUUCGGACCUCUGUCUGAGCUCUAUGGACGAAAUUCUGCGUACAUUGGUUCCUUGGCUGUGUACAUGCUCUUCAUCAUGGGUGCGGGCCUGUCCAGGAAGCUUGCAUCACAACUUGGAUGCCGUUUCUUUGCAGGUUUCUUCGGAGAAGCUGUCUUAUCCACCUCAAUUGCCUUUUCUGGUCCGGUCUUUGGGCCCCUCUUGGGAGGGUUCAUUGCAGACUCAGAAUCACUGUCCUGGAAAUGGACAGAAUGGAUCACAUUGAUGAUGUCCGGUGUGGCACUGACACUUAUCGGACUAUUUCAGCCAGAAACUUAUGCACCAGUACUGCUCAGUUGGAAGGCUAAACACCUUCGCAAGUUGUCUGGAGACAAUCGCUAUAGAACUUUCUCCGAGAGAGCCCAAAAGGCUUCACUAAGGGCUAAGCUUUAUCUUACCUUCUGUCGGCCAUUCAAAAUGCUGUUUCUGGAACCUACCAUCAUGCUGUGGACAUUAUACCUGACGUUCGUGUACAUGGUGAAUUUUGGCUUUCUAAGUCUCUAUCCAUUUGUCUUCGGAGAUGUCUACAAGCAAUCGACACGGACUACAGGUAUCAUAUUUUUGAGCCUUUCUGUUGGCAAUCUUUUAUGCAGCAUACCCAUAACCCUUCUUGACUAUCGCCGAGUAAAGCGCCAGAUCGAUCAGCAAAAAUUGCAAGAGGGGAACCAGGGAGCUGUUCGACAACUUCCCGAGAGCCGGUUAAUUUAUGCUGAACUCGGAGCGCCUGCAAUCCCGAUAUCUUUGUUCUGGAUGGCUUGGACCACAUAUACAUCUAUCAGCGUCUGGUCUUCGAUAUUUGCAAGCGUCCUUUUCGGCUAUGGUUAUAUUGCCGUAUUCCUUUCAACCUCGGAGUAUCUGGUUGAUGUGUAUGAAGAAUACGCGGCGAGUGCCUUAACGAUGGUCACACUGGUUCGUUACGUUCUUUCGGGGAUCACGGUUGUGGUUGUCAUCCCGAUCGUCAGAGCAAUCGGCGUACACUGGACACUUAGUUGUCUUGGGUGUAUAGGGCUGGUCUUCAUGCCGGCUCCGUAUCUGUUCCAUAUCUAUGGCCCGUCUAUUCGCGCGCGGAGCAAAAUUACAGCCCAAGAUUGA